AUGGCUGAGUUAACCAAGACAGAAGAGCAGGAAGUAGAGAAGAGUUUGGAUGAAGAAGUGGAGAAGACACCUUGUACUUCAGAGGCAGGUUCGGGUGCUGGCUUGGAAGGAGAUGGUUCAACUUCAGCUCCAGUGCACUCCACUGAAAGUGAAAAAGAGGCUGACAGUGGUGAUCAGGGUGGCAGAGCAAAAAGGAAGAAUUUAGAAGCUGAAGAUGGCCCUCCUAAGAAAGCUCCAUCUGAGACGGGUCACGGGCAAGCAGUAGCUGCACAUUAUAAUGAGCUGCAAGAGGUGGGGCUGGAGAAGCGCAGCCAGUCCCGCAUAUUCUACCUCCGAAACUUCAAUAACUGGACAAAGAGUGUCCUCAUUGGUGAAUUUAUAGACCGGGUACGACGGAAAAAGAACGAUAUAACUGUUCUGGAUCUGGGCUGUGGCAAAGGUGGAGACCUACUGAAAUGGAAAAAAGGCAGAAUCAAAAAACUUGUCUGUACUGAUAUUGCUGACAUCUCAGUGCAGCAGUGCAAGCAGAGGUAUGAAGACAUGAAAGCUCGAUGUCGUUACAACGAGCAUAUUUUUGAUGCAGAAUUUAUACAAGCAGAUAGUACCAAGGAUCUCUUGUCUUCCAAAUACAACGAUCCAGAUAUGCUCUUUGACAUCUGCAGCUGUCAGUUUGUUUACCAUUACUCCUUUGAGACCUACGAGCAGGCUGACAUGAUGCUUAAGAACGCCUGUGGGAACCUCUCUCCUGGAGGGUAUUUCAUUGGCACAACUCCAAACAGCUUUGAACUUGUGAAACGACUUGAAGCUUCAGAAACAAAUUCAUUUGGGAAUGAGGUGUACAGUGUAAAAUUUGAAAAGAAGGGAGAAUAUCCCUUGUUUGGCUGCAAGUAUGAUUUCCACUUGGAAGAAGUGGUUGAUGUCCCUGAGUUCUUGGUUUACUUUCCAUUACUGGAAGAAAUGGCAAAGAAGCAUGGUAUGAAAUUAGUCUUCAAAAUGACAUUUCGGGAAUUCUACGAAGAAAAAAUCAAGAACUAUGAGCAUAAAAUGCUGUUGAGGAGAAUGCAGGCCUUGGAGCCAUAUUCUACAUUUGGUGAUUCCAGGCUUGUUUCUGAUAAACCUGAUGAUUAUGACCAUGCAAAAGAGUUCAUCAAAGAUGGCAAAGCAAAGUUACCUUUGGGAACCUUGAGUAAAUCUGAAUGGGAAGCAACAAGUAUUUACUUGGUGUUUGCAUUUGAGAAGCAACUGUGAAACUUCACAUACUGGAUGCAGCAAGAAGAGAUCAUGUCCAUGUGCAAGUUGGAAUGGUCAGAAAACCAUUGUGGCAACUAUUUUUUUAUUUUUUAUUUUUUAGUUCUCAGAAGCGUGCAGGACACUACCAAAAACUAGAGCAAGCUCAUGACUCUGAGUUACAUUGCCUGUCUGUGACAGAUGGACUUGUGUGUGUGUGUAUAUAUAAGAAAGAUCCUGAACCAGUCUUUUUAAGCAUUUCUAAGCAAUCUGCAUGCUCUCAAAACUCACGUUGGAACUUGACACCACUUUAGGUUAGAAACCAAUGUUUUGCCUGUAGGUUUGUGGUUAGAAGCCUGACCCUGCACUUCCCAAAACUGAUGGGAAAAUAAAUAGCUGUCAACUUUGAUGGUGCAGAAUGAGGGCCUGAAUAUUGUACUGCAGAGCUCAGGUAAU